AUGGCAGAGAACACUGAUUCCGAGCCAAAUGCAAUCCACGAGACCCACGAAGGGUCUUCCACCGUGGCUGGUCCACACUCAACCCGUACAGGUCCUUUCAUCAUGUUCAUUGCACGCAGCAGCGCAGCUCCCAGUCACCAGGUGAAACAGGAGUGGUUACUCGAGUUCCUUCACUGGGUAGAGCAAGUACAUUUGAAGGAAUAUGGCAGCCUUGACAGUCGUUCUGUGGGCUUUAUUCCUUUCUUCCAAAGUUCAAACCGUCAACUUCCAACGGAUGGUGAAGUAUUGACAAAGCUUUCUGCCGUUUUUCAGAAUGCACGUGAUGCUGGCUGCGGUGUAAUUAUGGUGGUAUCUGGCUGGGACGGGCUGACAGCUCAUGAUCUGAGCAUGGCGAAGAUCAGUGAGGAAGCCGACGGGGUCGAUGUCACCCUCCGGUUCUAUGUUGAAGACCUCGAUGAUGGAUGUCGCUAUUUCCGCGAUGUCAAACUUCGGGACGCAUACGGAGUGAUACGUGAGGAAAUUGAGGCCACCGACGAGAAUCCCUCCCUCCAGGCCUUUGCCAAGUACUACAAAGGUAUCCAAGCUUGCAACGCGGCUUUUGGUGUGGCGAAUCAGGAAUUGAACGAGCUUUCCUUUCGUCGAAACACAUUCGUUCGCCCAAAAGAUUACGCUAAGUGGACCUGCAGUGGUUGCGGCAUGGUUUUCAAGAACCUUGGAAUGCUCACUAGCCAUCAUGCGAAAGCGCAUCGAGAGUUUCCUGAACCCUGGGCUCGAGACCGACAUGUCCAGGUUAACUGUCCCCAGAACCCAGACAGUGAGAAGGACACCAAGGCGGCAACAACAACUCGGAAAAGGCGGGGAACUAUGGUCCGAGUGCAAGGAGUCGAAGAACAGCCAACGGGAUCAGAUAAUGGAUUGAAGCCAUAUCUGAGUAUUGACCCUGCUGAUUUUCACAAGGCGCCUCGCAUCGACCUAGAAAAUCCCAUAAUGUACCGAGGCGAAAUCUUUUGCCGGCAUCCAGAUUGCUCUUCAAAGAAGGUGACCCGGUACACCCAGAAGAGUACUGUCCGCAAGCACUACCGGAAGGAGCAUAGCAUCGACUAUAAGCCAUUCAGCAAGAUGCUUAACGCCUUCGAAGAGCAGCCCCAUAUCGAUGGGCUGCGAUGGAUUGCAAUCUGCGUGCUGCGUGGCCAGGAGCAAGCUGGCGCCGCCCCCGUUCCUCGGAAAUGGUGA